CAGAAAAAAAACGCAUGUAUAAUGUUUUCGCACAGAUUUAUUGCAAGACAUGGUUUCAUUCGCAAAGUAUCGAUCCUGGCUCCAGUUACAGCUCGUAGUGCCACCUGACAGCUACAGCCUUACCGAGAGAGUGCUGGAAUUCGUCGUUCUACAGCAGCCGAAAAGCCAAAGGAUAGCCGUACCUCAUUACCAGACAGGAACCUGUUGUAGUUGCGUGUUUCCGGGUGGGACUGGUUAUCUUGUGCACAGGAUGCGAUACUCUGUGCUUCUUUUGUCCCGGUUAUGUGCCCGGAGAUUUCUUUGGCCCCAAUGGGGAGCUCCCCUUGUGUCCCAAGCACAAGUUCCCCGCCCCGCAGGUAUCCCAAGCCCAAGCCGGGGGUACAGCAGCAACAGCGGCACCGGGAGGCGGAAUGUGCUAGUAGUUGGGCUGCCCAACCCGGUCAUCUGGUUUCGGAGCAGAAUCUAUUUCUUCCUGAUCAGAGCCUACUUUGACAGAGAGUUUAACAUUGAGGAGUUCACAGAUGGUGCCAAGCAGGCUUUUACAUUGGUUUCCAAGUUGCUGUCUCAAUGUAAAUUUGAUGCGUUGCAGAAUCUCAUUAGCGGGGAGCUCCUAGAAGAUAUCAAGGAAAAAUGUUCUUCCCUUUCUGACAACCACAGGAAUGCUUUGGCAGCACAUUUAGAUGAAAUCAUGUAUACAACCACAGGCGAUGUUGCUAUUUAUUAUGAUGAUAAUGGAAGGAAGUUUGUUAGCAUUCUGAUGCGCUUUUGGUACCUAACAUGUGCUGAGCUCCCAGAUGACCGUUUGGAAGGAACCAAAGUUUUUCAGUUUAUCAUGGGAGAUGAGAAUACAAAGAACACAAAACGUCUUCUCACUGCAAACUAUGAGUUCCGUAGGGAAUUCACUCAGGGAGUUACACCAGACUGGAUCAUCACGCGCAUUGAGCACUCCAAACUUAUAGAUUAGAAAUACCUGAACCUGAAGAGGCUAAAGAACUGAACUCUCUGCCACAUUUUUGAACUUUUAUUGAUUAUUUCUAUUCAAACUGCCAAGUAUUUGUGUACAUAUGGGUGCUCCUUCUGAGGCACAAGGAGAAUGCACUGAGAAUGGUAAAUCAAUGCCUUCAAUAGAAAACAUCUCAAUUCUUUAGUUACAUUACUUUAAGUGCUAAAUUUACUGGUUCUUACAGGUGGUUUGGCUGUAGAUCCAGGCUAAGUGCUCAGAUUGUUUCCAGUACAGAAAAUUGUAGAGGGUGACAGCCUGUAUGCUCUGCUUCAGUGUGGAUACAAAAAUGCCAUAGUUAUAAAAAAAAUCUUUCCUCUGGAUUUUGUUUUAUAACCUGUUCACAUUUGGUCUGAUGUCAUUAUAGAAAACAUUAAAUAUAGUAAUAGUGAAUAAGCAUUGCUGUGAGCUAACUAAUCUGGACAUCACUGAAUGCAACUGAAAAUCAUAUGGGGGAAAUAUUAAAUAUUUUAUACCAA